AUGGCUGUGCAAACGUACGAAAAGCUGCCAUCUACAACUAUAUACCAUAAGCUUCCUCUAAAGAUCAACAAUGACAGGGCCCGUGACACUCUGUCGAUUCUCGUAAUGAUCCCCGGAAAUCCAGGUUUGAUCGAGUUCUACACCACGUAUCUCGAUUUGAUCCAGACUGAGUUUCCAGCACUCGAAGUGCUUUGUAUUAGUCAUGCUGGUUUUCAAACUUCAGAACCUGUAAACAGCGAGAAAUUCAAAUUCUACGAUUUGGAGUAUCAAAUCAAGCACAAGUUUGACAUUAUCUCGGAGUUUAUUGCCCAGAAACUAGACGACGGCUACAACAAUGUCGAACUUUACUUUCUUUCCCAUUCUGUAGGCUCGUAUGUGCAUCAGCGAGUCAUCCGCAUGUUGCUACAGGAAAAAGAAUUGCACGGCAAGUUCUCCAUUAAGUUCACCGGACUCAUAUGUCCUACCAUUGUGGAUAUUGCACAGUCUGACAACGGCCAAUUUUUCACAAAGUUGUUUUCUUUGUUGCCGAUCAUUUCCAUAUCACUUUGGGUUGCAUGGUUGCUCAACACUAUUUUGCCUGAAGCUAUGGCUAAGUCCAUAAUUGCCAAAAGAUUUGUUGAGAAACCUAAGUCCAAUGAUACUGACUCUGUAGAAAGUUGGCAAAAUUCAGUUACUGGGGCAUACAAACUCUACAGUUCACAACGGCUCAUCGAGCAGGCUUUGAAUUUGGCCCGGCAGGAGAUGCUUGUGAUUACGAGAGAUGACAUCAUCAAUGACUGGUUUUUCCAACAACUUUCGGAGAUCAAAAUAUGGACAUUCUUCGCCGAGAAAGAUCACUGGGUGCACAACAGCUCCAGAGACUACACCUUACGAAAGUACCAUGAUUUAACUAACAAUAACUUGUUGUUUGAGGUGGGUUCGUCGGAGGAUGCGAUUACUCAUAGCUUCUGUGUUAACCAAAGUGUAGAGUUUUCCAAAUUGACCAUUAAGGCUAUACGGUCUCUAGACUUGGACAUUGCCUACGAAAACUGA